AGGAGAGGCACCGAGCCGAGAACUGGCACUGUCAAGGGUUUUGUGGACAAGCUGACGUUGAAAGAGAACAAGAAGAAAGGUUGCUUCAGCACCCUGCCGAGGAACCCGGGCUGCCCCACGGAGAGGAUCUUCUGGGCCACGCUCAGCCAGUGCCCAAGGGAGGCGUAUGCAGUGGGGCCGGGCUCCUACAACCCAAAGCCUGCUGAGAGAUCAGCGUACUCCAGUCAACCCCCGUUCUGGUCAUCUGCCAAGAGAUUCGACAGAAAGUCUUACCGCCUCUUUACUGGAAACGAGCAGCAUCAGCAGCAUGUUGCAGAGCCAGUGCAGAACCCUGUAGGUGUUGGUCGCUACGACAUCACUGAGCAUGAAAAAUACCUGCAGAAGAUGAGAUACCAGUCCCUGUACUGGUGUGAUGCGCAGCGGUACCUGAGCAACUUGAAGCAGGAUGCUUGCUUGCUCGAGCGGCUCAAGCCUGUUGCUAAAAACAACUGGAGUGGUUUGAUUUCUGCUCCACGUUGUCCAGAUACUGCAGAAGAAAUCACUGCUGUUUUCCAAACAUAA